CCCUGUAUGGCUUUCCCUCUUUUAGAAAGAAUUUCUUCACUAUGAGGGUGGUGAGGCACUGGUACAGGUUGCCCAGAGAAGCUGUGAAUGCCCCAUCCCUGGAAAUGUUCAAGGCCAGGCUGGAUGGGGCUCUGAGCAACCUGGUCUACUGGAAGGUUUCUCUGCCCAUGGCAGGGGAGGUUGGAACAAGGUGAUCUUUAAGGUCCUUUAAAACCCAAAUAAUUCUAUGACUCCAUGACAUGGCUGCCCAGCUCAGCCCUGGACCUGUGUCUGAGUUAGCAGCCAUCCCUGUCACCUGCUACCCCAAAACCAGGGCCACAGGGUUCCCUUGUGCUGGAACGCCUGGGUGCCAGCCCCAACAGCCCCUUGCCCCAAGUGUCUGUCAACACCAUGACACCCCUGGGUUGUGUCCCAGGUGGUGCCUCUGGGGACCCCACCAGGAAGUGACACUUUCCAUUUUGCAUCACACCCGUCUGACAAAGUGUCUGGGAGAGGGUUGCCAGUGUCCCCGUGGGGUGCAGAGCAAGAAAUCAAAGAAGGGAUGGAAGAGAGGGUCACAUACGCUGAUCUGCGCUUUCCCCCAACACCAGGUCCUCAGCAGCCGGUGCGCCUGCCCUGGUGCUGGGCAGCCCUCAGUCUGGGUCUCCUCUCCCUGGUGCUUCUGCUGGCACAAAUCAUCCUUGUCAGCUUGAGCUUCCACUAUUUAGUACAACAACAGAUGAGCUGCACCCAUGAUCUCUGGAGCACGGAGAAGAGCCCCAGCUAUGGGCAACAGACACUGCAAGUGCAAUGCCAGUUUUGCCCGGUCGGCUGGCUCUGGGAUGCAGGGCAGUGCUACUACUUCUCAUCUGCCAAAAAGACCUGGGAGAAAAGCAGAGAGGACUGCUGCUCCAGGGGGGCACAGCUGGUCACCAUCCAAGACAACACUACCCUGGCUUUCCUGAUGCGAACCACGGACAUGGAGGUCUUCCAUGUGGGGCUGAAGAAGGAUGGCUUUGCAUCUGACUGGAAGUGGCUGGAUGGCACCACAUUGAAGGGGAUCUUCCUAAUCCAUCGCUACACCAGGUCUUACCAGGCCUGUGGCAGGCUGUCAGGCUUGGGGCUGUCGGGUGGUCUGUGCUCGGAACCCCUUGGAUGGGUCUGCAAGCAGAGUGCAGCCACCCUGCAGUGGCUCCAGUCCUCACCUCCUUCCUUCAUCUGGAGAAACACCACCUACAGCUGUGUGAGGCCCUGAUGGCUGUGGGAACCUCCAACCUGUCCCACCACCACGUUCCCUGCCUGACUCCAGUUCAUGGGCAUUCGCAGGCACUGACUGCUGCCUCCUGGCUCAGACCUCUUUAUUUCCCUGUAGCUGCAUUUUGCCAAUAAACUCUGCCAAAAACUGUGUCUGUCUUUGAGGAAU